AUGGCGUCUGCUAUUAUCUCGAAGAAGAGGAAGUUUGUUGCUGACGGUGUCUUCACUGCUGAGCUCAACGAGUUCUUUACCCGUGAGCUUGCUGCUGAGGGCUACUCGGGCUGCUUGGUCCGCGUCAACCAUGUCCGCACCGAGAUCAUCGUCCGUGCUACCCACACCCAGGAGGUGCUCGGUGACAAGGGUCGUCGUCUCCGUGAGCUGACCUCGCUGCUUCGCCAGCGCUUCCGCUUCCCCGAGGGCUCGCUGGAGCUCUACGCCGAGAAGGUCAUGAACCGUGGUCUUCACGCCGUGGCCCAGUGCGAGUCGCUCCGCAACAAGCUGCUGGGUGGUCUGCCUGUCCGUCGUGCCGCCUACGGUGUCCUCCGUUACGUCAUGGAGUCGGGUGCCAAGGGCUGUGAGGUUAUCAUCUCGGGUAAGCUGCGUGCUGCCCGCGCCAAGACAAUGAAGUUCAACGAUGGCUUCAUGAUUCACACUGGUCAGCCCGCCAAGGACUUUGUUGAUGAGGCUAUUCGCCACGUCCUGAUGAAGCAGGGCGUCCUUGGUAUCAAGGUUAAGAUCAUGCAUGGCUGGGACCCUGAGGGCCGUACUGGUCGGCCCUUCCCUCUGCCUGACGCGGUUACCAUCCUCGAGCCCAAGGAGGAUGAGCCGGUCACGGCCCCCAUGUCGGAGUCGCGCAACCAGCCCCCUGCGCCUGAGCCUGUGGCACCGGCACCGAACCACGAGCUUGGUGCUGCUCCGGUCGCUCAGCCUGCUGCGUUCUAA